CGGCCAACAUGGCCGCUGCGGUAUCUCAAAAUGGAAUGGAGAAAAUUUCGGACGAAAUUGUGCUGCAUAUCCUGCAAUUUCUUCCGUUAGAUGACAUCUUAAAUGUGCAGCGAGUGAGCAGGAGGUUUAGCGGAAUAUGCCAGGACAAAACACUUUGGAGGUCUACAGAGUUGAGGUCUUGUUACGGGUUGUCAGACGACCUUCUUAAGAACGUCAUCAGUCACCAAACACUAAAUAUACUACAUCUCAGUCUCCAUGGCUGCUAUUGGUUACACUCCACGGCCCUCGAGGUGUUGUCACGAUGUGUGAACCUCCAGACACUGGACCUGUCUCACUGUCGGGUCACCACAAAAUGCCUCUCCAAAAUCUUAUCAGCUACCAAAGAACUGCGCUGCCUUGCCUGGGACGUCGAGGGGGGUUUCCGGCCAUCAUUCCUCAGCCAGGAAUGUAAGGAGACACUGAAGAAGCUGAAAGUCUUGAAGCAGGUCUACCCAUUUGAAGUCCACCAGGACCUGUUUGGAGUCCUGACAUUCUGUCCGGCCCUGGAAAGGAUCUACUUGCUAGGCAAUGUGCAGCUUUCCAACGUAGCGUGUUGGACAUACAACCCUCUUGAAGAAGAUCAAGCAGCUGUCUCAGCAAGUAACCUGAAGGAGCUGGUCUGUUAUGGGUUUGAGAACUCUGAAGUGGCAUCCUCUGUGUUUAACCUGCUGACAGGCUCCAUGAAGCAGGGGGAUCCCCAGCCUACUCUCCACUCCUACUGUAUCAGCGGGGGUCCGUUUGUAACAUACGAGAAGGCAGUGGGAAGCUAUGCACAGGCAUUUGAGCCGUUUAAAACAGACCUGCUGCAGCUUGAUUUGUCGUCUGGGCGGGAGGGAAUAUGCUCCAUCUCGGAUCUACAGAAAACGAAGAACCUGCAGUUCUUGAGACUGUCAUACAACUUCUGUCUCCAUAGUUACGACCUGAUAACAGUUUCCACAGUAUGUCAGAACCUGCGGGUGUUAAACCUGAUGGGGUGCAGGUACUGCUUCAGUUGUUCAGAGAGGUUUGACUGGGACCUGAGCGGUCUGGAGGCUGUAGCUGAGAACUGCCCACAUCUCCACAGCCUGAACCUGAGUGGUGCUCACCACUGCAACUCCUUUGGUUGCCCCAAUGUCUUCCCUUCUGAUGGCUUGGCAGACACCAUAGCCAAGAUGAAAGGGCUGGUGAGCCUGUCCCUCCCCGCCUGUUCAGUGGGAACUUCCAAGAAGUCCAAGAAGUCAAGAAUUGAUCCCUUGUAUCCAGGAAAUGGACCCAGGCCUCAGACCUCAUCCUCCAGGACAUCCCACUACAGCAGAGCAGACCCACAGGUCCUGAACCUUUGGAAGAUCGUCCAUGGCUGCCCCCUUGUGGAGGAGUUUGAACUGCUGGGUGUGGGCUUUCACUCCCAACUGGUCCACAAGGCUUUACAUCUCAAGUUGGAGAGGGACAAGGGAGGCUUCUUUAUUUACAGACCAUGUGAUGAUGUGAAGUCCCGGAUGAAGGAUGCUGACCUGUCGUGUAUCUGUGAGUGGAGGAAGCUCCGUAAGCUGACCCUGGGUGGGUUGCCAGGGGUGAUCACAGGUGAGUUCCUGCAGACCCUCCCAGAGAAGUGUCCAGCCCUGCGGCACCUGUCCCUGGCAAACCUGGGUCCCACCGGACAGUGCAUUUACUCCAACAACCUGCUGUCUGCACUGACAAGGAUGCCACACUUACAGGACUUCAGAUUUGAGCAGCCAAACUUUAACAUAGCCUGGAGUUUCCUGGAGGCUCUAUACAACUGCAGGGACCUACAGAGACUGUGUGUGGUGGCCAGGAAUGGGGAGAUCGAUCCUCACCUAACACUGAAGCUAUUUGAGGAGUGCAAACGUCUGGUUGUGUGCCAGUUGUUCACCAUGGGACAGGUCUUGGCCAGUCACAGAUUGCAGCAGGUUAUCAAACAAAGAUACCAGAGUGAUCGCCCAGCGCUGCAUGUGGCUAUUCAACACCUGCUGAUGGAAGACAGCCGCAGUCUGAGUCAGCUCAUUCCCAUGGUGCACCUGGAGGAGUUUACCAUGUACAAGUCGCGGGUGGGGGAGCAGCCUUUGGAGCUGGAUAAAUGUGGAAUCAUGAGUCUAAAAGUCAGCAGGCUGAGGUGUCCAUUCGCAGCUGAGUGCUGAUGGGCAAAGCACCAAUUUUAUACCUGCCUCAAGUCUGAAUCUUGGCAGUGAUGCAGUGGUUACCAAAACUGCUACUUAACUGCUCCGUUGGUGCCAUGUUGGAACAUAAAGUCAUAGACUUAAUGAUUUUUUAACCAAUGGUGUUAAUUAGAAUGAAUUGCUUUUGUACCUUGAUUUGCAGUCUUGAUCAGCAUUUGUUGUCAAGAGAAUUACAUACGAUAUUUCAUCAAUGUAUCAUUCAGAAUGUGGGUAAGCUUAUGUAUAAUUUUAUUUAUGUACUUGACAGUGCAAUCGUGAGUAGUUUUCCCACAUUGAAGUCUGCGUACAUGUUGUUGUCUGCAGACUGCAUGUCAUUAUCUUGAGAAGGUUGUAGUGGGGAAUGUUGUUUAACACAGAUGGGGAGUGCAUUGUUUGUAAUCAUGAGACAGUUACUACAAUCAUGAGGAUGAUCAAGUAUACUGAAAUCAUUAUCAUGAUCAAGUGUACUGCAAUCAUGUUGAUUAAACUUUACUUAAAUCAUGUAGAUGAUCAGCUUUACUGCACCCAUGUUGAUGAAGAUUAUAGCAAUCGUGUUGAUCAAGUUUAUUGCAAUC